UUGAGUUCCAGUGAGGAAAUUCUUCUGCCGUUGAGUCACCGGGAGGAAAACCGUUACUCGACCGAGAAAGCCGACACUCUCAUCCCGAUCGUGCUCCUCGGUUUUCCAGACUUCCUAACUCGGUGUUACAGUAGCUGUGCCGCCCGGACAGUCCUCUCAACGGGGUUGCAAUGUUACACUUUCGGUCCACGGUAGCGCUCAAGGAGUUGUUUCACAGCCAGCUGAAGCGGCCGCUGACCGGGAGAGUCGGUGUGAAAGCGGCACCUGCAGCCGCCGCCUGCUUCAGCAGCGUCUGCUGGGAUGGGAGGUCACCGGGCAGAGGGAGGACGUUUACCGGCUGGAGAGCCCCACAGCACUUCGCCAAAAAGCACGGCUUGAGAGGCUUUUGCUCAAAGGGUGACGGGCACAAUGAAGCCGCCAAGGACUCCACGACAGAGAAGAGAAGGAAGGCAGGAAUCCUGCCCAGCCUGGAGGACCUGCUCUUCUACACCAUCGCAGAGGGGCAAGAAAAAAUCCCCGCACACAAAUUCACCACAGCUCUUAAAGCCACCGGGCUUCGCACAGGAGACCCCCGGCUGAAAGAAUGUAUGGAGAUGCUGAAGGUGACCUUGAAGACCACCUCAGAUGGAGCACUGGACCGACACCUCUUCAAAAAAUGUGUCCAGAGCAACAUUGUGCUGCUCACCCAGGCCUUCAGGAAGAAGUUUGUCAUUCCGGACUUCCAGCCCUUCUGCGCCCACAUCGACGAACUCUACGACAACGCCAAAAACCUGUCAGGAGGGCAGGUGGCGGACUACAUUCCCCAGCUGGCCCGCUUCAGCCCAGACCUGUGGGCCGUCGCCCUGUGCACCGUGGAUGGACAGAGGCACACUGUGGGCGACACCAAAGUUCCCUUCUGUCUGCAGUCUUGCGUGAAGCCGCUGAAAUACGCCAUCGCCGUUCACGACCAUGGCACCGAGUACGUGCACCGCUUCAUCGGCAAGGAGCCCAGCGGCCUGCGAUUCAACAAGCUCUUCCUGAACGAGGACGAUAAGCCUCACAACCCCAUGGUGAAUGCCGGUGCUAUCGUCUGUACCUCCCUCAUUAAGCAAGGGGCCAGCAACGCCGAGAAGUUUGAUUACGUGAUGAACUUCAUGAACAAACUGGCCGGAAAUGAGUACAUUGGCUUCAGCAACGCCACUUUCCAGUCGGAACGCGAGUCUGGAGACAGAAACUUUGCCAUCGGCUACUAUCUGAAGGAGAAGAAGUGUUUCCCAGAGGGCACAGACAUGACUUCUAUCCUGGACUUCUACUUCCAGCUGUGCUCCAUCGAGGUGACCUGUGAGAGCGCCAGUGUCAUGGCCGCCACUCUGGCCAACGGCGGCUUCUGUCCAAUCACAGGCGAGCGUGUGCUGAGCCCCGAGGCGGUGCGAAACACUCUGAGUCUGAUGCACUCCUGCGGCAUGUACGACUUCUCCGGGCAGUUCGCUUUCCAUGUGGGUCUGCCGGCUAAAUCUGGUGUGGCCGGCGGCAUCCUCCUGGUCGUUCCCAACGUCAUGGGCAUCAUGUGUUGGUCUCCUCCGCUGGACAAGCUGGGCAACAGCGUCAGAGGCAUCCAGUUCUGCACGGACCUGGUUUCGCUCUGUAACUUUCACAACUAUGAUAAUCUGAGGCACUUUGCUAAGAAGCUGGAUCCUCGCAGGGAAGGAGGAGACCAGAGGGUGAAAUCAGUGAUCAACCUGCUGUUUGCUGCCUACACUGGAGACGUCUCGGCCCUCAGGAGGUUUGCGUUGUCCUCCAUGGACAUGGAGCAGCGGGACUACGACUCCAGGACGGCGCUGCACGUGGCGGCUGCAGAGGGACACGGCGAGGUAGUUCGCUUCCUGCUGGAGGCCUGUAAGGUCAACCCAGUGCCCAGAGACAGGUGGGGCAACACCCCGAUGGACGAGGCGGUGCACUUCGGCCACCACGACGUCGUGACCAUCCUCCGCGAUUACCACAACAAAUACAGCCCUCAGGAAAGCAGCGACGACAAGCAGAACGCAGAGAAGAACCUGGACGGGAUGCUCUGAUGGAAGACGGGCGUGUGAGGACGUAAGGAAAUCAUGUUUGGCGUCUCCUGAAAGUUGAACGAGUUCCUACAUAUCAGAUGCGACACUGCCGAUGCUCCUGCAGAGACUGAAUGACCGUAAAGCUCCACCAACGUUUGUUUUAUUGUCGAACAUUUCAGCGCACAAUGAACUGCACUCAACGACGGAAAUCAUUUCAGUUAUGAGCCUGUUGGUGUUAGUUUUGGAUUGACUGAAAGAUUUUAUACGCAAAUGGAUUCUCUUGUUUUAUCUGCGUAGAUAUCACUGAUAUUUCUGCUGCUUAUAAUAGUAAAAAAAUCUUACUAUUAUUGCAAACGGGCUGCAGCAAAACGUCUUACUACCAACCGGAAGUACCCGUAGAGAAGAUUUAUCAACACCUAAACACUACAGACGUGAAGAAUAGCACCAUCUGUUGGUGCACACAUUUGUUGCUGCACAGUUUUCACUGUAAAACUCACAAUCAAGAAGCUUCUAGUCCUUUUUUUGUUAAAAACAGCUUCAACAUUGAUGGGGUUGAAAGGAAAUGGUGCGUAAGCUACAGAUACAAAGCUCAGAGUAGUGAAUACUUUGAAACUCAGUCGAUAUAUAUGCACAGUUUACCAAAGAAAAAACAAACUUUUAGUGAAUUUUUAACUAACAUGCAGUUUAAGAACCACCAGCUGGUUGUCACUGAAGCAGUAUUACACUCCAAAAACACAGUUUACCUCUGAUCUGUGUCAUUUUUUUUUUUUUUUUAACAAAGAAAUCCUCAAAUCUUGAAAUGUAGAUGGUGUUUUAGGCUUUAGGUGCACCUGAACGCAUCCUGUUCAUGUUUAAUUUUUUUAACAGAAACCAAGAACAUUGAAGGUUUCCCCCCCCCAUCUGUAGUUUCUGGACAGAUAUAGUAAUUAACAAGAAAAUCUUUAAUAGAAACUGACCUUGCGCUGAGAACAGGCGUGUGUUACGCAUCUGAACAUUACGGCUACACCCGAAUAUCCGAAUGUUCAGUCGUCACAGUGGUAUCCGAAUAAAAAAAAUCAAGUGACACUGCAGAAACGUCCGAACAAAUACAGACAAUAAAAUGAAUAAUCUGGACUAAUAAGUGAGGAUUCUGGCUGUAGACGGUGUUCAUUUGUCCCAGCAGUCACUUUAAACACCUGAAACAUUUCCUUUGUUGAGUCUCUGUUCAUUCUGACUGCGAUGUUUACUGAUGGUUUGUAUGUUAUAUUUGUUCCUGAGCCUGAAGGAGGAUUUUAAUUCAGAUGGAUUGUUGUUGUUUUUUUUAAAAUCUGUAAUGUGCAACAGAAUGUCAUACUUGAACAGUUGUGGAGACGUUUUCCUGAUGUUUUGGACGAACUGAACCGAUUUAAAAAUGAAAACCUUCAGAGGCAGCAGGAAACCCUCCUCGGGCCGGGAUCAGCUCGUCCAGUGUGGUUGAAAUGUAUUCGUUUUCGAGUUAAAGAAACCACCAAAAGAAGCACAAACCUGCGUCUGAAGCCUGCAAUAUUUCAGCAAUAGAAGCAUAACGAUUGUAAGACGAGGAGUCGGUGAUUGUGGCUCUGGCUUUCCGUUGGAUCGGCUGAUCCCGGCCUGCGGCUCUGAUCGCUCGGCUGCCGACGGUGGAAUUGUGCGACUGGAGUGUUCUGAAUGUAACGUGUUUGGUGUCGUUCUGUUUCUUCUCCAUGUGUAUUUCUGCUGCUUCGGCCCUCGUCGGCGGCUCACCGAGUGUCGCAGGCAGUCCGGAUAUUUAUUCACAGAUGGAAACAUUUAAUAAAAGCCAGAAAAACCAA